UUUUUUUUCUUUUAUCACUGUAUCUCUCGACAUCGUGUCGUCUUGACCCUAUUCUAAAUGACUGGUCAAACAAGCCAUUCCAUGGCGCUUGCUGGCAAGCCUAACCUUCCAACACAAUGUUUCCCUUUAAUCAAACCAGUCUACUCAAAAGAGUCGCAGCACAAAACUAUUUUGCUUGUUACAUCUAUUUAUAAAAACCAUGCGUAUCUAUCAGAGACCGAAUUUAUCACUGUUACUGAAGCAUGCAAACUGCCGCGAUAUAUGAAUCUGGCAUUUUUUCGGCGCGUGCAACAAGAUGAACGAGUGACCUUGCAACAGUUUCAAACCCACUGGGCCGCGUUGACCGCCGGCUCGCACGAUGACGAUGCUCUCUUCUUCAAUAUGCUAAGGAAGCCAGACUGCCAAUGGCUGGCCCCUGAAGAUCUUUUGCCCGUUCUCGAAGAUGUUGUUUUAAAUCACCCGGAGCUAAGAUUACUGGCUGAUAAUCCCAUGCUUCAGGAGCGAUACAUCGAGACCGUGAUUUGCCGGUUUUACUAUCUCGGACGUUGUCCCGGUGGUCGAUUGAGCUUGGCUCAGUUUCGUCGAUCCAAUUUCACCAAAAUGAUUCGAUCCUUAUCCCCAGAGGAUGACCUUAGUCUUAAAAACGAUUGUUUCUCAUAUAAACACUUUUAUGUAUUUUAUUCGAAAUUUUGGAUAUUAGAUGCAGAUCAUGAUAUCGUCAUCGAUCAGGAGGAUCUCUUUAAAUACAAUGACGGAGUACUGACCCCCCGCGUCAUCCACCGAGUGAUGCAAUGCGGUAAAAUCGCCGCGUUCAAUCGAGAUGGGCCAGCCAUCACCGACCGAUCCAGUGGAUUGGUCCUCACUUAUCUCGACUUUAUAUGGUUUAUGCUCUCGGAAGUUGACAAGAGCACUCCGAUGGCUAUUGAGUAUUGGUUUCGAUGUAUGGAUGAGGACGGAGACGGCAUUAUUUCUAGUUUCGAACUGUACCAAUACUGGAAAGAGCAAGAAGAAAAGCAGUAUAUGUACGAUAUUCCCGACGAAGAUCACAUCCAUUUUGAUGAUAUCAUCCGACAAUUAAACGAUCUUGUGCAACCUCAAUUUCCUGGCCAGUUUUCUCUGCAAGAUCUGAAACGAAACGGAUACGUUGCUGAACGCUUUUUCGACACUUUUCUCAACUUUGAGCGUUUUCAAAUUCAUGACUCGUAUCAAAUCCUGAUCCGCGCUAAAUGUCAGUCAGAGGUGGAUAGAAGGGCCAGUGAAGCACAAGACUUCUCCUUAGCUAAAAUACCAUUCUAUCCGUUAUGUGGGUGGAUAGCUUUUGCUGAAAUUGAAUAUCGCCAACUUUGUCCCGUAGAACAACCUGAGCAUGUAUGGGUUGAAAGUGAAGGGGAUUCGGAAGAAGAGCCUAUUGCCGAGUUUUCAGCAGAGAAUACGCAUACCGAUGUUAAUAACUCGUCGUUAGACAAUACGGCCGCAGAAAAUGAAGCGUCAUUCGAUAAGAAUUGUAGCGAGAAACAUAAAGAAUCACCACCAGAAUCCAGCGAUGAGGAAGACACUGAAUCGGAGGAUAAAGAAGACGAUAUACCUACCAGUAGUGACCAGGAAAGCGACUCGAGUAUUCCUACGACGCCGACCGUCGUAGCGGAUCCAUCCGAUGUAAAACAACCCUGGCUGUGGCAGGCUUUUGAAGAAGGUGAAGACGAGCAGCAAAAUGAAAAAAGGAUUGCAGAAUGGAUAUGGUGGCUCAACGACAGCACGACGUCUUCUACACACAUUCAGCAGCCACCGUAAUUGUGAUUGACCAUUUCUAUCCUUCUUGGUGAAUAAUUACUAGUGGUUAAUAGUGGUGUUACAGCGUGUUUAUAAUAUAUGAACCGAGUUUGCUUAGCCACGAACGUUUCCUGCUGCUGCCAUCUCCUAUAUAUAAACCUAAUACAAGAG